GGGGCCGGCUACGUAGGGUGAGCAGCUGCUGGCGUAGCGUGGAGCCGCAGAUGGAGCCUCCCCCCGGCGCAGCAGAGAAUUCUAAGCUGAGGCAUGUAGAAAAAGAUGUCUUGAUUCCGCAAAUAAUGAGAGACCGAGCUAAGGAGCUGUGUUCAGAUAAAGUGCAAGCAUUUACUAAAUGUUGCAAAGAAACUGGUUUUCUUAUGGUGGUAAAGUGUCGGGAAGAGAACACAGCACUGAAAGAUUGCCUCGUUGGCCACUAUGCCGAUCCAUCAUUCUAUGAAGAAUGCAAAGCAGAAUAUUUGAAGCAAAGAGAAGAAUACAGAGCAACUGGAAUUAAGAAAAAAAGGCAAAAGAUUACUUCAAAUGUAUAGCUAAAACAAACUGUUACAGUUUUAUAUCCAACUUAAUGAUUUGACUUGAUUUAAACAGACUUCUUUUAAAUCAUCAAUAUCUCUUGGUAAAAUUAAGCAGCAAGCCAGUAAAAGAAAUAUCUCUGAAGCUGAAGGUCAACAUUUCUCAUUUUCUGUACUUAAGCUCAUAAUGCAUGCAAUUUCUCUUGCAAACAUUGCCAGCAAAAGCCUGCUCCUCCAUCCACACUUGAGAUUUUGUUACGAAUUAACAAACUUUUGAAAUUUAAAGCUUGUACCUAGUUGUAUGUGGCAAGCUACAUAAAAAUUUAAGGGUGAAUAAAUGUAAGCUGUAUUAACAGAUCAUAAAUUCGGUAUAUACUAAUACUGGUCUUUCUGUCACCUGAAGUUGAGAGUACAUGGAAACGUUUUUGAUGCUCUUGCUAGAAGAGUGGCAAAUGCAGAAAAGACAGCCUUCUUGGACCAAUUUACUUCAUCUUUUUCAUGAAAACGCUGAGUUCUAAGAGCUUCUACCUGCUGUGUCUUAAAUUUUGAGUUUGCAAUAUCAAAAGAGAUGGAUGCUCCAUGCCCUUGUGUGACACAACUGACUGCUUCAGUUCCAAAGAACUCAAGAGUUGUCCCAUACAGACUCCUUGAGAAUGGGAAGAGGCACAAUGAGGGCAAGAAAUCAUUGAGAGGAGUGUCUUCCCCCACUGUCAUUUUUUCAGCGUGAAGAUUAUAUACACUUCCAUACUUCAGGAGUGACCACACUUGCAAAAUGAUUAUGGAUGAGUAAACAACUAAACUACAUACUUAAGAUGCAGGUCAGUUUUUAAACAUCUAUUAAUGCUAUUGCAAAAACUAAGUGUAAACAAGUCCCUAUAUGGAAAGGGGUACACAAAGGAUUUCUUGCAUAAAGAUACUUAAAGCUGCAUAGUUGUAGAACUCUAAAAAAUACAAGUAUGGAAAGGCUACACAGGAUAUUUGUUCACAUGGUAACCUUCAUGUCACGAUAUUAAACAUGAAAUAAAAUGUUUCACCUAAGUAAUAAAAUUUGCAACAUUUGCAUUUAACUUAAA